CUAACUUUAUAACUAAUGAAGCAUUUAAAGAGAAAUGAAACGGAGAGGAAACGUGUGUUCAAUUGGGAUUUCCUUUUUCCCACUCAUCGGAUACCAUUAAAAUUUCUACCUGGAGUUUCUUCAUUCAGUAUGGCUUCUGAGAAAACUCCUGAUUCUUCAAAGCAUGAAAAAAAGAACAGUUUGCUUAAAAUACUUCUUCCUAUCCGUUGUGAAAAACCACAAAAUAACCAGAUUCCAUUCUAUGAUGUUGGAUUAUUCUCUUUCAUCUCACUUUCAUGGAUGACUAAAAAAAUCUUUGAAGUUUACAAAAAAGGUGGUGAAAACGUCGAUUGGUGGCAAUGUUCAGAACCAGAAUCUACUCAGUAUAAUGUGGAGAGGAUUGAAGAAAUGUGGGACAAGGAAUAUAAGGAGAAAGGAGACAAAGCUUCAUUGGUUCGUGUUGUCAGACAAUAUAACUGUAACAAAUUAAUUCUUGGAACAGUGCUGUUUAUCAUCAGUUUGGUAUUCAAGAUGCUCACUCCGUUUUAUUUGGUUCCAAUGACGCUGGAUUUUCUAAAAAACGACAGAAAUAACUACAAGUAUGGAAUAAUUCUGGCUGCCAGCAUUUUUGUUGCUGAAAUAUUGCGUUUAGUGUUUUUUGUACUCAUGUGGUUAGUCAAUUAUCAGGCAGGAAUGUCUGUCAAAGUGGCCCUCAAUUCCCUCUUCUUCAAAAAAGUGCUCUCUGUGAAAUCACUGAAAAACAAGAAUAUUGGUGAACUGGUCAACCUAUUUACAGCUGAUUCCGAGCGGGUCUCUGAUUCUGCAAAACUUAACACAUUCAUCAUUGGAAGUCCAAUCAUUGUCCUGGCAGCAAUUAUCUACAACUAUUACCUUCUUGGGCCAUUGUCUUUGAUUGGAUCUUUUGUCUUCAUAGGAUUCUAUCCAACUUUGAUUUUGGUAAACAAGUUUGGAAUGGAAUACAGAAGAAAAGCUGUAAAACUAACUGACAGAAGGAUAAAUAUUACCAAUGAAAUCAUUAAUUACAUCCGUCUAAUUAAGAUGUAUGCAUGGGAAGACUCCUUCAUUGCAAAAAUUAAAGCUAUUAGACUGAAAGAAAAAAAACUGCUUGAAAUAUGUGGUUUUGUACAGGCAGUAAAUAGCUGCCUUCCGCAACUGGCACCAAUUCUUGGCACUGUUUUGACAUUUCUAGUUUAUGUCUUAACUAAACACGAUCUGACUAUUAUAAAGGCAUUUACAAUGGUCACUGUGCUGAACAGCCUACACUUUGCAUUAAAUUCUCUCCCAUACGCAUUCAAGUCAUUGGCCGACGCCAUCGUUGGUAUUAAAAGAUAUCAAGACCUUCUACUGCUUGAGACGAUUGAAAGUAAUCCCAGCGACACUUUACAGGAUCAAGAAAUGGUUGUUUUUGACAAAGUUACAUUAAACUGGAAUGUCACCGACAGCAGUGCUCUUGGUAAUGAAGUGACCUUCUCCAAGAUCGAUGAUAAACUGUCUGGAAAUGGAGUUACCAAAGCAGAAGAAACAUUCUCUUUGAUGGACUCUACACAGCAAACAACUUUAAAAGACAUCAGCUUUACCUUACAGAAAGGGGAAAUGAUUGGAGUCUGUGGCAGUACUGGAUCUGGGAAAAGUUCCCUUCUUUCUGCAAUUCUUGGGAGAAUGAACAUGGUGUCUGGAAAUAUAGCAAGCCGUGGCACCAUUGCUUAUGUUCCUCAACAACCUUGGAUUAUAAAUGGGACCAUACAGUAUAACAUACUUCUUGGAUUACCUUUUCAGGAACAUAGAUAUAAAAAGAUCAUUAAUAUUUGUUCAUUAGAGGAAGAUUUCUAUGACUUCCCCCAUGAAGAUUUAACAGAAGUCAACAUAGCCACCUCUCGUGCCCUCUACAAUGACAGCGAUAUCUACCUCUUGGAUGAUCCAUUAUCUGCUGUCGAUGCUCACAUUGGAAAGAGAAUCUACGAUGAGUGUUUCAACAUGUUUUUGUGUACAAAGGCUGUGUUGUUCGUUACACACCAGCUCCAGUACCUUACAUCAUGUGACCAUAUCCUCUUCUUAAAAGAGGGUCAAAUCACUGAACGAGGGACACACCAACAGCUGGUUGAUGCAAAUCAAGAUUAUGCAAAUCUCAUUGACACUUUCUUCACUGAAUCAUCAACAGAAGCUGUUAGAGUCCAACAACCAUCAUUUCUACAGCGGGGAAUGAGCACAAUGUCAACUAUAAGCCAAUAUAGUUGUGUUCCAGAAGAUUUUGAACUGGUUGCUAAAGAAGACAUAUCAAAAAAUACCUCCUUUGAACAAUUAGGAAUGUAUGUAAAGGCAUGUGGAGGGGUUGUUCAGUGUCUCUUUGUGCUGCUGUUAUUCAUUAUCAGUGUUUCUAUUCAAGUCCUUUCAAUGUGGUGGUUAACAUUUAUUCUGAAAGAACAUAAUCCUACAUCUUCCAAUAAUAUCACAAAUCCUACAAUACUCAGUGAUAACACCACAGAUCUAAACUCUUCAACUAAGAACGCUACUUAUUCCAACUCUUCAACAAAGUCUGAGGGUGAAUCCAAUUUAAUUUUUAAUGCCUCUAUCUAUGGUGGCAUCGGUCUGUUAAUGGUUUUAUUCCAUAUGAUUCGAGGAGUUUCCUACGUUAAAACUGUAUUGAAAGGUUCCACUCGACUGCACGAACAGAUGCUGCAGCACAUUAUUAAUAUGCCAAUGUCAUUCUUUGACUCCACACCUACUGGAAGGAUCAUUAAUAGAUUUUCUUCAGAUAUUCUAGAACUUGACAAUCGGUUGCCCCUCUCAGGAGAAAUUACUUUACUGGGGAUUGUGCUGUUGCUGGCCGUUAUCAUAUCUUUAAUUAUCAUAGCACCACAUGUGACUGUGGCCUUUAUUUUACUGCUGAUAAUCUUUGUGGUUAUCAGUUGGACAUUUACUAGAAGUGUCCUUGAAAUCAAGAAACUUGAUAACACUUCUCGGUCACCAUUAAUCAGUCUCAUCACCACUUCCUUAUAUGGACUGACAUCACUUUUUGCUUACAGAAAAAACAAUGUUUUUUUCAGCUGGUUUUCUGAUCUGCACGAUAAACACACAUCUUUUAGUUUCCUGUUCUAUCUCUCAGAUCGAUGGAUUGCAGUACGACUGGAGUUUAUUGCCAAUUUAAUCCUCUUUGCUUUUAUCAUUAGUGUUGUUUUCAUCAAAGAAAUUUCAGCAGAGUUUGCAGGACUUGGAUUAGUUUUUGCUGUGCAGUUUAUAGGAAUGUGUUAUUUUGUGAUACGGCUUCUAAUAGAUGCGGCUGCAAGGUUUGACUCUGUAAAAAGAGUUGCAGAAUAUAUCAAGGUUGGUGAGGAGUUGCAAAGCUUUGAAAUUGAACCAACAACUAAUGUUUCUCCCAACUGGAUGGACAUUGGUCAUAUAAUGUUUGAGGACUAUAGCAUGCGAUAUCGCAGUGAUUUGCCAAACACACUCAAGAAGAUACAUUUACAAGUAUUGCCAGGACAAAAACUUGGAAUUGCUGGAAGAUCGGGAUCAGGGAAAUCGUCUCUUGGACUUGCACUUUUCCGAAUGGUUGCACCCUCUUCUGGAACAAUCUCAAUUGGAGGACAAGACAUUACUGAAGUUAGUCUCAAAGAGCUGAGGUCCAGAAUAUCGAUUAUACCCCAGGAUCCAGUUCUCUUUAUUGGAACUAUUAGAUAUAACCUGGAUCCUUUCAACAAUUACACAGAUGAACAAAUCUGGUCGGCACUGGAAAACUGUUAUAUGAAGAAUGCUAUUACUGCAUUGAAAAAUGGUUUAGAUUCUGAUGUAGAAGAAGAUGGAAAGAAUUUCUCAGUUGGUCAGCGCCAGUUACUGUGUCUAGCAAGAGUCCUACUUCGUGCAAACAAGAUAUUGGUCCUUGACGAAGCGACAUCUUCUGUUGAUGCGGAAACUGAUUCCCUCAUCCAAAACACCAUUAAACAAUGUUUCACCAACUGCACCAUCAUGAUUAUUGCUCAUCGUCUGAAUACAAUCGUGGAAUGUGACAAAGUCAUCAUCAUGGACAACGGAAAGGUUGUUGAAGAAGGAAUCCCUAAUGAGUUAUUGCAAAAAUCAAAUUCCAAGUUUUAUAAACUAUGGAAAGCCAGAGAGAUUAUGUAAGCUUCCGAAGAAAACUUACAGACAGAUUUUGUAGAUACUUUUUCAUUUCAUUUCAACUGCUGUUUAUUUUUUAUAUAUUUUCUCAGAACAAUCCAAUAAAUGUCCAAAACAUUUCAUUAAAACCAAAUUAAAAGACUAUCAAAUCUGAUAAACCUCAUUACUCAUUUGGUUAAUUACAUACAGAAAUUAAAUUGCUGACAUUUUA